AUGGCGUAUUUUGGCUUCUGCACUUGCACUCACCCUGAACCCAUGCACACUUCAGGAAGAGUGUUGCACAACAAGUAUCACAGAGGAAAUGAUGAGUUUUUGGUGCGCCUGCCAACUCCUCCCGUCGCCCUCGGCAACAACACCUCAUUGACAGUGGAGCUGCUGGUGGCGUGUGUCCACAACGAUGAUGCGUUCAAGUACCGCGCCUACACCAUCACCUACCUGCUGCUGUUUCCUGUGGCGUUCCUCUGCAACGUGGGAGCGUUGGUGGUCUUCUUCAUGCAGAGCAGCCGCAGGAACUCCGCCUCCUGCGUGGUCAUGAUGAACCUCGCCCUAUCAGACGGCAGCUUCGCCCUCACUCUCCCGCUGCGAUUGGCUUAUUACUUCAGGGACGGAGUCUGGGACUUCCCUGAUUGGCUGUGCCGCUUGUGUGUCUACGGCUUCUACGUCAACCUGUACACGAGCAUCCUCUUCCUCACUCUACUGAGCAUGCUCCGUUGGCUCGCUGUGGCCCGGCCCCUACGUCACAUCACCGUGGCAACGCCAACUCGAACCCUAUUGGUCUGUCUGGGAGUCUGGCUGUUUGUGGGCGUGGCCUCGGCCCCCUUCCUGUCCAAUGGGGUGACAAACAGAGACGGGUCUCCUCGCUGCUUCGAGCCGUCUAGCCCCUCCUCUUGGGGGCGUGUCCUCAUCUUAAACUACAUUGCGUUGGUUCUCGGCUUCCUCCUCCCCUUCCUCACCAUCAUCUUCUGCUACAGCCGGAUCGUGCGGCACCUGACGACCAGCACCGGCCCCAACGGCAGCAACCUGGCCAGCAACGGCCGCCGACUCAACAGACGCCGCUCGGUACACCUGGUCACCAUGGUGACGGUGACCUUCUUGCUCUGCUUUCUACCCUAUCAUGUGAUUCGCUCGCUACACCUGCACGCUGUGUGCAGCCGCUGGGGUUGUGGUGUCACGGUGGCGCUGCAGCGGGUAGUGGUGGUGACGCUGUGCUUGGCGGCGUACAGCAUGGUCAACCCGCUGCUGUACUACUACUCCACCAGGUCGUUCAACAAUAUGAGGGACGUUCAAUCCUCGCUGCUAGGCAGUAAAAGGGGGUCCUUCAGGUCGGGAAUGCCCAUGUCGAGGAGGAGGGACACAAGCUGA